GUGCUAGCUGCGAGAGAUAGAUGAGGAGUUACUUAAACGAUCACGCGGAGCCGGUCCUGAUCAGUGCCCGGUUGGAUUCGAUCGUGCUAGCAAUAUAGCCUUGCUGUUACUGUUGUGCUUCGCUGGAGGUGUUGUUGUUGUUGUGGUAGUCAAGCAAUUGUUUGCAAUUUGUUUGUUUACUUGUUUUGUUAAAAACACGAUAAGAGCGUAGUUUCGCGGUGACCCCUGCCAGUGGCUGCAUAAUAUUUGUGCAAAUUUCAAUCUGUUUGUCAAGGAAUUGUACUGAUUGUAGUGUAUCAACAUGUAUGGACCAUCGGAACCGAACGGGCCAAUCCUUAAGGAGGGCGGAUCGUACAUCAUGGAAGGACACGAGUCCGCGGAAGCUAAAAAUGUCAGCAUCAUAUUUUCGCCCCUGCAAGAAGAGGCCGGAGCGUUGGCGAAAAUGUUGAAGGUCUUCGAGGAACACAAAGUUAAUCUGUUGCACAUUGAAUCAAGAUCGUCAACCCGUGGACCAGGGUACGAGUUCAUGGUCGAAUGCGACAGUAAGAGCAAGAACCUGAGUGUGGCAAUCGAAGCGGUUCGAGAGCAGAGCGAUUACUUCAACAUCAUAUCACGUGAUUAUAAGGAUAAUGAAGCCACCGUCCCUUGGUUUCCUCGACGAAUUCGCGACCUGGAUCGUUUCGCUAACCAGAUCCUGUCGUAUGGUGCUGAACUCGAUUCUGACCAUCCUGGAUUCACCGAUCCGACCUAUCGUGAACGUCGGAAGUACUUUGCUGACAUAGCGUUCAACUAUAAACAUGGUCAACCUCUGCCGCAUGUCGAGUAUACCGAAGCGGAAGUCAAUACGUGGAAGGUGGUCUUCAACAAUCUCACCAAGCUCUACCCAACUCACGCCUGUCGAGAACACAACCACGUCUUUCCACUGUUGAUCGAAAACUGUGGCUACAGGGAGGACAAUAUCCCACAGUUAGAGGACGUAUCGAACUUCUUGAAGGACUGUACGGGUUUCACCUUGCGUCCGGUUGCUGGUCUUCUUUCGUCACGUGACUUCCUAGCCGGACUCGCUUUCCGUGUGUUCCACUCAACGCAGUACAUUCGUCAUCCAAGUAAGCCACUUUACACUCCAGAGCCAGAUGUGUGCCACGAACUGCUCGGUCACGCGCCAUUGUUUGCCGAUCCGUCCUUCGCACAAUUCUCCCAGGAGAUAGGAUUAGCCUCACUUGGCGCUCCCGAUGAGUUUGUGGAAAAACUGGCAACGUGCUUCUGGUUCACCGUUGAAUACGGUCUCUGUCGUCAAAAUGGACAACUCAAAGCCUACGGGGCCGGUUUACUGUCAUCGUUCGGCGAACUACAGUACUGCCUAACGGACAAACCAGAGUUACGGGAGUUCGAUCCAAUCAAAACCGGAGUGCAGAAGUAUCCGAUCACCGAGUACCAACCAGUGUACUUCGUGUCCAGUAGCUUCGAUGAAGCAAUUCAGAAGAUGGUUAAUUUCGCCAAUACCAUCCCGCGUCCGUUCGGUGUUCGGUACAAUGCGUACACCCAGAGUGUGGAAAUACUGGAUUCCAAGCCGCAGAUCGCCAACAUGCUGCGCAACAUUCACGGGGAGUUUGAGAUUUUGCAGAAUGCGUUUAAGAAGAUGUUGGUUUAGGAUAUAAGUUGAUUUUAAUUUUGUUCAAUAGUUUUAAUGCAGAUAUUAAUAAUACUCAAGCAUAAUAAUUCAUAUUAGAAUAGAGAGUAAUCAAACGUACAAGACUGUAUUUUUACAAGCGAGAAAAUAAAUACGAAAAAGAGCUAUUUUGAGAUAACGUGUUCAACGAGGCAUGCCAUGAGAUUAUAUUUAUUGAAAACCCAAAAAUGAAUGAACUGUCCGAAGCAUGGCCUGCUGAUAUUAUAACUCAUCGAAGCAUGCUGCGCAAAUUGGCGCUGUCGUCAAUCACCAGGGGUUGAGGUUAAAGUCGUUAAAUAUUUUAAAACGCUCUGAUUACCACCCAAAUUCGUUACGCUGAUAACAAAUAUAUGCAAAAAAUAAUUACA